AUGGUUUCCCACGCAUUUGUCUGGUCUGUCUUAGGCCUGUUACUCAACUCAGUCUCCGCUGGUCUCAUUAGACGCGAUUCACCAUUGAAGUUGACGGUCAAGCAUGAAGGUGCUCUGAGACCUCGUAUCAACGCCGAUUUUCCUGAUCCAUCCAUCAUCCAGGUCGAAGACGGCUCAUGGGUUGCAGUCGCUACCAACGGCGGUCCAGCAGGCGACGGAUACAGAAAGAUGCAAGUUGCAACUGCAAAAGACCUCUUGGGCGAGUGGGAUCUCAAGCAAGAAGAUGCUCUUCCCGAUAAAGGAUGGACUACGGGGGAGAACACCUGGGCGCCCGACAUUCGACGAGUUGACAAUGGAGAUUUUAUUGUGUACCUCAGUCCGGAAAUCGAGACUGGUAGGCAUUGUAUCGGCGUGGCUCGGUCCAAGAAUGCCACUGGUCCCUACAAGUACGACGAGGAGCCUCUCAUCUGCGGACCUGAGGAUUACAAGGGCGCCAUCGACGCAAGUGGUUUCAAGGAUCCCGCCAGCGGCAAGCACUACCUCAUCUACAAACUCGAAGGAGACGCUACCGGCCCAACAGGCGGCACACCCAUCAUGCUACAGGAAAUUGAAGGCGAUGGAACAACCUUCGUUGGAAAGCCCGUCAAGAUCUUCGACCGUAUCGGAAGCGAAGACGGUGUUCUCGUCGAAGCCCCCAAUGUUGUGCGAUUGGGUAACGGGAAAUAUGUCUUGUUCUUUAGCAGUCAUGAUUUCCGGGAUCCUCUGUACAAUGUGAAGUACGCCUAUGCAGACAAGUUAUCUGGGCCAUAUACACGAGCACCCGAGCCGUUGAUUGCGGCGCCUGAUUUUGGUCUCGAUGCGCCUGGUGGUGCGACGAGUAAUGAGGCGGGGGAUACGUUGGUUUUUCAUGGAUGGUGUCCUGAUGACAAGAAUAUUAGAUGCAUGUAUAGUGUUGAGUAUGAGUAUGCCUGA